UCACCCGUACCCGCCACUCUUUUGUAGUUUGAUUUCUGAAAGUUCAAAACAAACCUUGCUGAUCUGUUUGGAUUUAGAAUGGCCAGGUACAAGUUGAGGCUUGACUUAGCGAAACUAUAACAGACUGAUAUUAUAGGAAUAGCUCAGUUUGGAUGUCAUUGGGAUUCCCUUGUUGCUUUGGACUUAACCUUCUAGGACUAACUUGUCCUGGUUGAACUCAUUUUCCUAUCAUAUCAGGAGGUUUUUCAGGACAUGAGAGAAAGUAAACGCUCUACUUUUUCUCCCCAUGUAUAACAACCGACAUGUGGGACGACGACAAUGAUGAAGAGCUUCGACGAGCCCUUGAAGAGUCUGCCAGAUUGUAUGAGGAAGUAGAACUUCCUCGCCUAAGUCAACGUGUUUUAUCACCAGUCACAAUUAGUGAUGAUGGAUUGCCUGGCCCAAGCACCAGUGCUCAAACCUCAAUCCCGAGGGAUGUUUUCAAGAAACCGUAUCCACCUGCAAAGCUUGAAGUUGAAGAGAGUGAGCUUUAUGAUGGUCCAGAAGCUGAAGGAUUUGAUCUCAAUUCUGGUAAAAUUUGGGUUUAUCCAAAAAAUGACAAGUUUCCUGUCAGAACUUAUCAAAGAAGCAUUGUUGAAACAGCCCUAUUCCAUAACACACUUGUCAGCCUUCCCACAGGUCUUGGAAAGACAUUUAUUGCUGCUGUUGUCAUGUAUAACUUUUACAUGUGGUACCCUAAGGGUAAGAUUAUUUUCAUGGCUCCUACAAAACCUCUGGUUGCACAACAGAUUGAAAACUGCAUUAACAUAAUGGGCAUCCCUGAAUCCCACACUGCUGAAAUGACAGGUGCACUGCAGAGUAAAUUACGAGCAGUGACAUGGAAAGAAAAGAGAGUUUUUUUCCUGACUCCCCAAGUUGUUCAAAAUGAUCUGAGUGCAAAUAUUUGUCCAGCUCUUUCUGUCAAGUGUGUUGUUAUUGAUGAGGCCCACCGAGCAUUAGGGGACCAUGCCUAUGCUCAGGUGAUUCGUCUUCUGAAUUCAUAUAAUGCUAAUUAUAGAGUUUUAGCUCUAUCUGCCACCCCUGGGAGUGAUUUAGAAGCUGUUCAAAAGGUUUUGAGCAAUUUGAUGAUCAGCCGCAUAGAAGUAAGAACAGAAGACUCCUCAGAUAUUACUAAGUACACACAUGAAAGAAAUCUUGAACUAAUGGUUGUUGAUGUGGGACCGACUAUAAACCGAAUAAGGGUCAAAUUUGUUGGAAUUGCAGCUGGAUAUGCGCAGCGCUUGCAACAACGUAAACUUCUGUUUGGAAACAUCAGCAAUAUGCCUCGAUUCACAGUUCUCAAAGAAUGGGAGAAUUUUCGACGUGAAGAAGCAAAUUCAGUAGGUCGAGAGGAGCAAAAUAAACUAAAUACUGACUUUGCUACUGUUCACAUGUUUGUUCAUGGACUUGAACUUCUUAGCACAUAUGGCCUCAGACUACUUCUCAACCAUUUGAAAGCUGCUAUGGAGAAGAAAGAUGCAGUUGCCAAUAGACUGGCUGUAGACGAGGAUGUAAAGGCUCUAAUAAAUGAAAUUGAUGGUGUUCUAAAUCCAGUUGAGCUUGAUGAGGAAGCUAAUGGUAAAAUUAAUAAAAGACGUAUUUAUGGCCACCCUAAACUUGAUCGCUUGCAAGAAAUUGUUGUAGCACACUUUGAAAGUUUUCAACAGAAAGGUGAAGCUACUAGAGCCAUUGUGUUUUGUGAGUACAGGGAAGGAGUAGUAGAAAUUUGUGAAAUGUUGAAAAACUUUGAACCUUUGGUAAAACCUGUUGCUUUCAUGGGCCAGUCAGUUGGCAAAAGCACUAAAGGCAUCACUCAGAAGCAGCAACUUGAGAUCAUGGAAAAAUUUAAGAGAGGUCUUUACAAUACCCUUGUUUCAACAAGUGUUGGUGAGGAAGGACUCGACAUCGGAGAGGUGGACUUAAUUAUCUGUUUUGAUGCCAAGAACUCUCCUAUUCGUCAAGUUCAAAGGAUGGGCCGCACUGGGCGGAAAAGAAAUGGUCGCAUCAUAAUGCUGGUGACCCGGGGAAAGGAGGAACAGAAAUACAACCAAGGGCUAUUUAAGAAAAAAAAUGUUCGUGCUGUAAUGCUUAACAAGGAAAACCUAGCAAAUCAUUUGUUAGAUGAAUCUCCUCGAAUGCUACCACCUGGAGUACAGCCUGAGUAUACAGAGAGGGAAAUUGCAGGCACCACCAACAAACCAAAGUCAGGCCAACAGGACCUGCGAAAAAUGUUCCUGAAGCGGGGUAGUAAUAAUAGUGGAGGCUCAUCAAAGCCCUCCACAAGUGGACGGACAACUAUUGGGAAAGUUCCGUAUCUUUCUGAAGAUGAGUUGGAAGAACUCAAAUCCUUUUGGAAAGAUCAAAGUUGUUAUGAUUUCAAUAAAAUUCCAGAUAAAUGUGAACUUUGGGUUAAAACACCAGAUGAAAUUGGUUGUCAAGAAUUAUUGCCAAGUAAUGUGGAUCUUGCUACAUAUGUAGAAUACAUGCGAUUUCGACAGCGAACCCACAUAGUUGGGAAUUCCACUGAUUCUGAUAUGCUCUCAGAUUUGUUGAUGUGGGCUGAUGAAAGAAGAGAUAGUGAUCAGCGUUUUCUUUGUAGAGGCUUCUCCUCUCAAGUUACUUCUUCUCAACUCUGGCCUUCUAAAUCCAAAAAACGUGGGCGACCAGCUAGCACUGAUACAAAAGACUCCAAUCUACCUAAGAAGAGGGGUCGACCUAGAAAAGAUUCAAACUUAGACUCUCCUUUCAAAGCUCAACCCAAAGCAGACAUCAACAUUGAGGAAAAUGAAGCAGCACAACAGCCAUUGAAACCUAAAUGCAAGCCAAUGUUCAUAGAGGAUGAUGAGGAUGACUCACCUGCUAGUCCAGAACCUGUAACUAAGCCACAUAUAUUGAAAACACCAUCUCCUGCAUUCUUGCCUCCGCAACCAAAAUCUUCAUCAGACAUACAUUUGAAAGAGUCACCCGCCUCAGAAUAUGAAGUGAUAUGUGUGGACAGUGAAGAUGAUGAUAAUCUGAACACAAGUUCCAUAACUGGUUUUACACAAUUGUCAUCUCAACCUGGGAAGCAGGAAUUAUACAGACAGUUAUCAAAGGCACUAAGAGAUCUAACAAUGGAAGAAGAAGAUGAAUGUAACAUCUGUAAUGAUCUAUUCCUUUGCAAGUCAUUCAACAAAUUGGCUCUAGAAUCUAAAAGAAGGAAAAUGGAUGAAACCUGGAAAGAUGUUAGCAAGUCCUUGGAUAAGGUAUUAAAUUUUGUACCACGUCUAACCAAGCAGGUGUUUGAGAAACAGCAUGCAUUGGAUAGUAACAGUCAGAAAAUCGUCUCACUUAUACCAAAUCCUGAAAUAAUUGCUGAAGAUGAAAUGUUUAGUGGAAUGCUCUGUGGAGGAGUGGGAGACCUGUCAGUGUCUCCUUCUAAAUAUGUUUCUUCCUCUCAAAGUGUUUCCUCUCCCAGAAAGAAUUACAGUGCUUUAAAGCAGAAAUUCUCUUCUCCACCCAAAGCACAUUUAAGUACGCAACAUAUCAAGGCAGAAAUAACUGAAGAAAUUGAGUGUACAAUGACCCCAAAAAAAGAAUCAGAUGUAAAAAUUGAAGAUCAAUUUGAAGAUAUGAGCUUUGACUUUCUAGGUUUGUCAAAAAUGGAUGAUUUGUUUGGCUCUCAAGAAAAAGAUUUAACCAGUAAAGAUCAAACACCCAUUAUUGACAACUGUAACACAACCAAUACUUCAAAAAUAAAAUCUUCUUCAUUAACACCAGAAAAUUCUUCUCAUGAUAUACCCGUGAGGAAGAAUACUAGUGAAACAGUACCUUUAAAUAUAGAGGAAGAGUUUCCUGUUAAAAGUUGCACCCCACCAAGGAAGAAGCAUGUAAUUUCUGAGCAAGUAUCACCAAUUCUAGGUUCUCAACAAGCAAUGAAACCUCGCCCACCUCUCCGCUUGCGAAAGAUAUCCUCUCGAAGUGAAUUACAAAGUGUGUCUGAACAUACUAGACCAUCUGAUAUUGUGAAAGAAAAUGAAGAAAAAGAAACAGUUUCUGAUAAGGAAGUAUCAAGUUCAUCACAGUUAAGCAAUAAAAAAACUAAUCUGCUUGAUAUUAAUUUUGAUUUAUUUGAUGACAGCUUGUUUCCAUUAUCUGGUGAAGAUAAUGGAAAUGUAAGUGGUGGAAAUGCAAAUAAUGGAAAAUCAAGCAAUGUCGAUGAUGCUCUGAAGGAGGCAAUAAGAAAGAAAGCUCUUGAAGCAAAAUCAAAGCAACAGGAGAAAACUUUUAGUCAGGAAUUGCGUCAGAUGUGUGAGACUACUUUGGGAGGCAUAACACAGAUAAUGGAAAUGUAUGAUUCAAAAACUGUAAGUCCAGAAUUGAGAAUAGAAAGAGCUGACAGCUCAUCUUCACUAGGAAAAGCAAAUCAAUCUUCUAGUCCCCUAAAUUAUUCAGAUGAAAUGAAUGCUGCAAAGCUUGAGGACAAUGAUGAAUUAUCAAGGAGUGAAGAAGACUUAUUUGCUGACUGUGACGAUGAGAUAUUUGUAAAGGCCGAUUGUUUAUUGCCAGUCACUUCCAACAAUUUGCCAGAAUCCCCACCCAAACAUCUUGAUAAAAAUGAUGUCUCAUCCACUGAGCAUAAUCAACAGAAACCUAUUGGUAUUUGUGAAGAAGUGUAUAACUCUACAGAUCAAGAUGGUGCUGAAGAGAGUGAAGUUGUUAUGGUUUCAGAUCGAAGCAUGUCUCCCAUUUUUAGACCUAGCCAAACUGUUAGGAGACCAUCAAAGCUAAGGUUAAAGAAAAAGUCAAUAGAUGGACCUGAUCCUAAAAGAGAUGAGACUAAACCAGAAACCAACAAAACUAAUAGACUUGUAUCUGUUCCUAAGCAACCCGAUUCUUUUUCACAAGUUGAUUUUAGUAUGUUUGGGGAUGAAUUUAACAACACAUGGCUGUGUUCACAAGAAGAAAACCAGGGAACUGUUAAUACUAAAAGCAUCCCUGAUCUUGUGACGAUAGUUGAACCAACGUCUAAUGUCACUGUAGAAACUCAAGCUCCUAAAAAUUCAAACAACAAUGAUGCAGUGCCAAAAAAUAAAUGGGAUGACAAUUUAAGAACCACCAGAGAGAGAACUCCUGAAAAUGAAAUAGCAGAAGUUCACACUCCUGUGUUAAAAAAAUGCAGCCUCAGAGACAAUACUCCUGAAAACGAAAUUGAGGAAAUUCAAAGUCCUGAGUUAAGUAAGCGCUUAUCCAGAGACAGUACUCCUGAAAAUGAACUUGAUGCAGCUUUCGCUUUGUUUGAUGCUGCAAGAGAGGCAAAAAAGAAAUCCUUUGAGGGAGCCUCAGCCUCAACGCCAAAAGUAAGCAAAGGUUAUAAGUUUCUUGGGAAACCACCUAGUAGCAAAACCAGUGUAAAUCAAUCAUUUUCUUCAAAAAGGUUCCCCUUAAAUAACAAGUGGCAAGCAAAAUCUCUCAAAACAGGUUGGAUCUCUGCUAAACCUACUCCCAGAGAAACACAAGAUUUUUCUGAAGAAGCUUCUGUUCAGAACAGUGCUUUUAAUCUAUCUGACUUUUGUGAUGAUUCAAUUUUGGAUGUUUUGGAUACCAUUGAAACCAAAACUGAAACUAUAAACUCAGCAAAUAAAGGACAUACUGUUAAGGCUCAAAGCAAUCAGUCAAACUUUAAUGGUCAAGGAAAAAAGAAAAAGUUGAGCUUGGCGACAAAAAAAUCAAAUCAUUUACCUUCUACAAGAAAGUUAGAAACUGCUCCCUCGGUCUCUGCAGCAAAAAUUAAAGAAACUCAUGAAAAUUCUAUUUUAAUCCUUUCAUCUGAUGAUGAAGAUAUCCAACAUACUAGAAAGGGAAAGAAUUGUGCCCUCAAUGUCACUACAUCAUCUGAAGAAAACUUUAGGUCAGGUCAAACAAAUCCAACUUCUCGGCCCUCAUCACAUAUUAGAAAAAGAAAUAGAGCGGUGCUUCAGAGCUCAUCAUCAUCAUCUGAUACCAUUUUAAGAAAAGAUACAAAAAUAUCCAGGACUGACGACUUUGGUUGCACAGAUAAAAAUAAUCCAUUAAACUUGUCAGAGUUCUGUGAUGAUUCCAUCUUGAAUGAAUUUCUGGAUGAAGAUGAAAAUAAUGGAUUAGGAAGUAUCAGCAAAGUAGAUGAUAGAGACCAUAGCACAGACAGUGAUGAUUUUGUACAGCAAAACAGAAAGCGACCCCAAAAACCAAAAAAGAAAAAAAAGCGUUCCAAAAAGGGAAAUGGUUUUAUUGUUUGUGAGGCUGAAGAAUCAGAUGAUGGUGAUGGUGGCUCAAGCGAUGGAGAUUCUUCUAAUAUGGAUGAACUUGAUUCUAGUUUUAUCAAUGACUCUCAGCCAGAGGCAUCACAGGCAAUAGUAGACAUUCAUGAUAAAUAUCUACAGUCCAUUAGGAGUCCAGCUGUGGGCAGGUUUAAAAUACCGCGUAAUCUCCCAAAUGUGUGCCUGGAUAUUUAUUCACAAGCUCCAGAUGCUGAAGAAUUAGAUCAAACCUAUGCUAAUGACUCUUUUUGUGUUGAUGAUGAACCAACUCAGUAUGAACCUGAAAUGUCUCUCCUUGAAAUUGCUGAAGCUCGACUUAAAGCAGAAAGAAGGCAAAAACGAAAGCUCAAGAAAGCAGGAGGAUCUGAUAACCAACCAAAGAAACUAAACAAUGAACCAGAAAGUGAUGACAGUGUUGAAGAACUAAUUGGGAAACGAAAACGCUUAAAACGAAUAAAAAUCAUGGAAGAAACAAUGGUUGAAGAAAAACAGGUCACCGCUCCUGAAAACUCUUUUGUUGUCCCGCAGGAUGUUGAAAAGAGGGAUUUUGAGGAAUUUCGCGAACCUGUUGAUGACCUUGCUAGGCUACUAGAUGAUGAUUUAGAUUUCAGUGCUAUACCUGAUAUUCCUGAAAUACCAAAGAGUUCAAACCCAACCUAUGAAGCUGGUCCAUCAGGGUGCAAAAAUUUCUCCAAAUUUGUCAAAAAAACAUCUGUGAUGUCAGGUGAUGGAAAGCUCAAAGUUGUACAAACUCACACUCACAAGGCCAGCAAUGUGAUGGAAGUGCCUCAAGCAAUGGGACAUUUAAAACAAGCUACCAUUACUAGUAGUGACGCUGAUUCUAGAUCUACAGAUCAUGCGGUAUCAGCUUAUUGCAAACCAGCCCCUUCAGCUUCUGCAGUUUGUGGUAAAGUAAUUCCUGGAGCUUCGCGCCCUUCCUCACGGAUUUUAAUUAUUGCUUCCUCAAAACAACUCUCUAGUUCUACCGAUUUGUUACGUGUGUUACGAGUCAACUAUAAUGUUGAUAUAGUUCCGCGUGGUGGUCUAGAAACAGAUUUUAUUUUAAGUUGGCGUUUUGGAGUAAGUCGCAUUUUUUCAUCAGAUCUAAAGGAUAGAAAAAAGCUAGAGGAACUUACCAAAAAGUUAAGAGGGUCAUUUAUAAAACCUUACAUAAUCAUUGAAAACGACCGUGUCAAAUCUCUUGCAAUGGUAGGUUUUCAGAAGAAAGGUAAAAAUGCUAAAACUAAAGCUCCUCCUCAGGCUGACCAGCCCGCAAGCACAUUGUCACCAUGGAACUCAGCUGCUUCUUGUGCUAAUGCAACCCUAAUGAGACAGGCUGGAUUGUUUCUUCUUUUCUCACAAAAUUAUGAUGAAACAGCUGGGUUUUUAGCAAAGCUGGCUAGAAAAGAAACAGAUGCUUGCCAAGGUGUUCCUGAACUAGCAGUAAAUCUGUCUGAUGAAGUUGAAUCUAAACUCAGCUUCUUUACUUCGUUACCUGGAAUCAAUUUUGCUUUUGCAUUGAAGCUCUCUAGCAGAUAUUCAACACUGGAGGAAUUUUUUGAAAGGUGCUCAUCAGUACGAGAUAUUUCUGUGACAUUGGGUGUAGAUGUAAAUUUAGCAAGGAAAAUCCACAAUUUGUUGUGUGAAGUUCACGUAAGUCCAUGAAAUUUAUUUAAAUGGACUCGCUGGCACUAUUCUGAACGGAAUAAAACUGAAGAUAACACAGAACAUCAGUCUGUUUUUUCAUAUAUUUUUUAUCAGCUGGGACUGUGAUGAAUAUUUUAAUUGUACCUAAAUUAAUUUUUGUUUGUGACUGAUUACUAGAUUUAAAUUACCAACCCAAUGAAAGUAGGGUUUAGUUUACUUUUAUUUCUCUUUUCAUGUAGUAUUUUGAAUUUUUCUUGUCCAAUACUGACUGUGAUUUAUCCUUAUAAGGAAAGACCUUCUGUGAGGAUGUUAACUUAACAAUUCAGAAUACGUUAUUUUGUCAAAAAACAGAGCACUCAGAUAAUUUUCUUUGACGAAAUAUAGUUAAAGAGGAAAUGGCUAGGUCCCUCAGAGAUUUUUUAGGGCCUGACUUUCAUACCCCUUAUUGUAAAUUAUUUAUUAUUUUCUAUUAUUUAUAUUUCUGAUAUAAAAAAUAUUUUAAGAUGUU